GUCUAAUUAAUUGAAAUGUGUCGUUUCAUGUUUAUAUUAAUAUUUCUGCUCUGGAAACAUGGAUAUGGUUUCGAGGUGCGUUUCCAGGAAACGCUACCAAGCUACCACAUCUCCUCGGAUUUUGACGCCGAAACUGAGCAGCGUCUGCAUAAGCGUGAAAUGCAGCAAUUUUUCGAUAAAGCUGGUUACAGUUUCGAUGGCCUGGUUCGCGUUGCUUCUGUUCCGGUGCCCUUUCCCCUGGACAUUUGCAUGCUACAGUUGCCCACGGUGAAGUAUGCAACCACGCUGCACAAGGAUACGGCAGGAGUGCAUCAGUUUGCGGUCUACAUUUGGCGUGCAAGGGAACAGGAUUAUGCGCUGUUGCUGCAACAGCCAGCGCCCAAGGCUGUGGCCCUCGACUGCCUGGCAUAUGCAGGACUUGGCUUUGUAGCACUAAGCCUGAAUCACACAGAGCCCGUGCGGCAGGCACGCGAGGGUUCACCCAUCUUCGAACUGUCAGCCGAGCGUGGUUUGCGCACCGUACAAUAUUUUGCGGGUCAACGGCUACGUAGCAUGUAUUUGAGGAUUAGCAGCCAGGAGCUGACGCUGCUGCAUGCCUACGAUGGCGGCGACACAAAGAAACAGCAACGUUGUCCCUACUUCAAGUGGACGGGCGCCACCUUCCAGCAGCUUGGCUCGAUACCCUGCAGCAAUGCUCGCCGCUUGGAGGCAUUUGGCAUUGAUUAUGCCGAUUAUGUGGCAGUUGCCAAUUAUGCCAGUGCCGAUGGACGCACCUCCACCCACUCAGAGAUCUAUAGAUACGAUGCCCAAGCACGGCGCUUUCAACUCUUUCAACGUUUGAGGAGCAACGGUGCCGUCGAUAUCAAGUAUUUCAGUCUGCCGGUGAAUGAGGUGAGUCGUCGACAUUUUCUCAUACUCGGCAAUUCGGUGGGAUCUGCGAGAGCAGCUGCUAGCCAAGCUGGUGAGGCGGACACCGUGAUCUAUGUCUUCGAUAAUGGACAGUUUGUGCCUUAUCAACGUUUGAGCUUCGAUGCCCUGGAACGCUUUUUGCCCGUGACGCACUCGAUAUCGGAAAAAUUCCUACUCUUUGUGGUCUGCAGCAAGCAGGAUGUGAAAAUAUAUAAUCUAAACGAUUGGAAAUUCGAGGAAUCCACAGUACAGUUCACCGAGGGCGCAUUCAGCAGGGGCGUGGCACGCAUGCGCAGCUACGAGGAGAAUGAGCAAAGCUACUUGGUUAUAGCCAAUGAGAAUAUGGCCGCCAAUGAGACAAACAUAUUCCAGCCACUCUACAAACAGGACGAACACGCCAAUGUCCUGCGGCAGCAAAUCAUUGAAUGGGCACGCGAACAGCGCAAGAGAUUGGAGCAGAUCAAUGUGGAUCAAUUGGUGCAGAAUUUAAAGCAAAAACUUGAGGAAACGCAAAAACAUUUAAAGCGAAUGCACAUAAAACUCGUGAAUGCCAAAGCGCUAGUCGACCCGCAUCAGAAGCUAACCACAAAUUAUUGGGAUGCGUUGCGCUAUGCAAAACGCGCCUUGGAUGUGAUUGAACUGGAUGCAGCACGGGCUCAGCGUCGUCCAGCAAAGCGUGCAGUCGAGGAUCAGCAUGAAUUCGAUGAGAUUACAGUCGGCACCCUGGUGGUGCAUGAGAAGCUGCAAGCUCAGCACAUCAACGGCGUCAAUAGGGAGCAACCGGUUUACGAGUCGAUCAGUGCCAGCAAAGUGUAUGUAAGUGAGGAGUACAAAGAGGCGGCAUCUGAACAACUGCUGCCCCAAAUGGAGCAGCUCAGCGUGCAAGAUCUGCAAUUGGAGGGCAAGCUCAACGGUCACAACUGGACCGAGCUGUUGGAGCAAACACUCAAGCGUCGUGGCAGUGAGGUGCAGUUCAUCAAAUCUCCGGUGGACAUCAGCAAUUUGAGAGCGGAGGCUGUGCUGGUUAACGGCAAUGAGAUCAACGAUCGACCUUUGAGUCAACUUAUCUCAAUCGAUGGUGGCGACUACAUUGUGCAGCAGGAUGUGCAGUUCGCCCAACCCAUCGAAGUGAAUCGACUGGUCAUCAAUCAGCGCCUGAAUCACAUUCACGUAGAUCGCCAGCGCUUUGAUGUGCUGCUCCAUCAAGCGAAUCACACCCAGGUCAUCGAGGGUGUCAAGCGUUUCGAGAAUAUACGUGUGCUUGAACCCAUUACCAUUGCGGGUCAAUUGUUAGGCUCCGAGCUGAUCGCCAUGUCGCCGAUGAAGGUGACCCAUCAGUCGCUGGAACUGCAAGGUGACUAUGUGAUCGAUGGCGAUGUGACCAUAGGUCAACUAUUGCAAGUGCAGGAUUUGAUAGAGGCCAGCACACAAAGAUCAGCAGCCGCCACAUUGCAGCAAGCACUGAGAGUGAAUCAACCAUUGGAGAACAUUAAUCUUCGAUUUGAGCAACCGCUGAGCGCGAAUGACACUAAGCUGAGCUUCAUCAAUGCGCAGGAUUUACAGUUUCUGGUUCAACUAAAUGUGGACGAGGUACAGUUUGUUGAGGGCGCCAAGUGGCUGCCACAAAGCCUAACAGUUAGCCAAGGCUUCGCUGAAGUUAAUAUUCUUAAUGGUGUCAAUGUGGAGAAGUUGUCCAAGCAGCUGCUGCUUAAAAGUGGCAAUCAAACCUUUGCAUUUCCCAUGCAACUCGGCGGAUUGCAGGCGCCACAAAUAAAUGCCACGAAAUUGCUGCUGAACGGAGUGGAAUUGGAGCAAUAUCUGAGAAAGAGUGGAGAUCAGCGUUCAAAUUCCAGUCUCUAUGUAGAGCAGUUGCAGGUGGAGGAGCUGCAGGUGAUCGACUUACUCCUGCAUGGCACUAUUUUUGGCCACACUUUGGAGGAGCUUAGCGCGCAGGGCACACAAAGAGCGCACAGUUGGCAAUUGCCGGAGAACUUCAACGGGACAAUACAGGCGAGAAAUAUGUGGUUAAAGGGGCAUUUGAACGAUGCAAGUGUGGCACAGUUGGAGCAACAGCUGCAACAAUUGGCGGGGAAUAUUAAAUAUGUGGGCGACUUUACUUUUCGCCAGCCGAUGAACAUUACUGGACUCCACUUCGGCAUCAGUUUGAAUGGCAUUGAGGCACACCGGUUUGGACACUGCUGGCUGGAGAGCAGCGGGCAGCAGCAAUUUACAGCACCGCAAACACUGGCAGCGGUUGCAAGUGAUCAGGAUGUGGUGCUGCAGGGACGACUGAAUAAUUAUACGCUGGAGAAGCUGGUCAACGGUAGCUAUAGGUUAAAUGGAACCGAGCAGUUGCCAGCUGUCAAAUUUGUGAAUCCCAUAGUGCUUCAAGACUCACUUAGCGUGGGUCGUCUAAAUGGCUUGCGUGUGCCGGAGGAUAUGCUAUAUGCCCAAGGAGGUGGCAUGCUGCAAGCGCCUAUGAAGAUCAAUGGUCAGCUGGUGGUAGCCAUAGAUCAAUGCAAUGUGAGUGCUUUAAAUGGAUUUCAGCUGGAUGCACUUGCGCAGUAUCUGAGAGAAGACUCUGCGCUGGACACGCUGCAUGUGGAGCAUGCCGAGUUUGAGGCGCCGCCGCAAUUUGAGCAGCUCAAUGGACGCCAGUUACAAACGCUGCUGGACAAACUAUGGCUGGACAAUGAGUUGGUGCAACUGAAAGCUGCACAACUCGAUUCGGCCAGCUUUGAGGGACUGCUGGAGUUUGAGGGCACUUUGAAUGGCCUGGAUGUGAAUCAUAUUGGCGGCGAUUAUUUUAGCUGUACUCGCAGCCAGCAUCUUAAUGUGCCGUUGUAUUUUGACCAUGACGUCACUUUUGCUCAAACGCUAGCCGCACAACGGGUACAGCUACGUGUCAAAGAUGGCGCACUUGUUGAGGGCAUUGGGAAUUUUUCGCUAAAUUUUGACGAUUUUGUGGCAAAUACAUUGAAAACUGCCGGCGAACACAAUGUAACGGGACACUGGAGCAUACAUGAAGCCCAUGUACCAGGCGAUUUAAAUAAUGUGCUUAUAAAUCAAUUAAAUUUGGUUGAUGACGUUUUACGCAACGAUACCAAAGGUGUUACUUUAAUAAAUGCACCCAAAACAGCGACGAGUGCCAUUAUCAAACGCCUCUUUGCCACGCCUACAAGCACAGUGUGCAAUGUGCCCGUGGCACAGUGGAUCAACAAUACGGUUUAUAUUUACGGCAAUCACAGCAUUGCUGGCACUACAAUCCUUGAAACGCUUAAUCUCUACAACGAUCUGCGUGUUGUGGGUCCGGUUAAUGGGAUCCAUUGGCAACCGGAUCAACUAAUGCUAUGCGAUAAGGAUCAGCAAUUGGCAGGCUCUUUGCUGAUUGAGAAUGCGUUGCCAGAACAGCAUAGAAUUCUAAGUAGCAACAUUGAGGAGCUAUGGGUGGAUCGCAUAAAUGGACUCAAUGUAAAUGAGCUGCUCGAGAAUAAAGCACAUAAUCGUCCCAAUCUGCAUGUGGCAAGUCAGUUGAUCUUCGCCCAACCGCUGAGCUUGGCCAACUUUGAACCCACGGCGGGAUAUAAGUGGAAACGCGGUGUGAGCAAGGGCAAAAAUUCCCUUGAAGAUUGGCAGCAGCUGGCUGAACAUGUGGCUGCAGUGCAGCAGCGUUUGGCAGAACCCGCCUAUAUACUAAAAAACUUUGCAGUGCUGCAACAAUUUCCUUUUAAUGUGAGCCAAUUGAAAACGCUUUACGAUCAGGAUUUAAAACAGGAUGUGUUGGGCAUUUGGCACACUGAUAAGCGGGGCGUGCAACACGUUGAGAGAUAUGUGUGGCAAGCUCAGUUGGAGCAGUUUGAGUACAAUGCAAGCCUGUCAAAACGAAUGCUGCCCCAUGACAAAGCGACUGUGCACUUUUCAACACUCACCGCGGAUGCAUCGUUGCAUGGUCCCCUGCGUCUAAGUGCCCUCGAUUGUUGGGCGCUACAGGAAGGAAGCAAAAAGGUUAUCAUUUAUUGCCACGAAAAUGAUAGGAUCAAUAGUACAAUCAGGCGACAAGCUGUAUUGUCAACCGGACAUGUAAUAAAACAGUUGUUGUCAACGCCGAACGAUAACGGUUCACUGCUGGCGCUGCUUGGUACCAAUGUUCUAGAGUUGUGGCAGUGGCACAAUGAAAACAGCUGCACGCUGCAACAGCGCCUGCAACUAAUCCAGGCUGAUCAAAUGGCUUUGGCGCACUAUGAGAAUCGCCUUUAUUUGGUCGUCAUGACGGCAUCUCCAGCUGCCUCCAUUCACAUCUACAGUUCCGACAAUAGCCACGCUGUGAAUUUCCAACUGGAGCAAAUCUUUGACUUGGAUGACUCGGUUCGUCUGCGUCAGUUAAUGUUUGUUAAACUGCACAAAUCCAAGGAUCUGUUGCUAUGCGUUGCCAACGCCUCAACGUCGCAAUCUCUGCGCAUCUAUCAGCAACAAGGCGUGGCAGGCUUCCAGCAGAUUCUCGGCGAGAGCACACUGCCAGAGGCACAGUUCAUAAGCGCCUUGGAGUUGCCCACGACGCAACAUCAGUUCUUGGCUUUAGGUAAUGCCGAUGCCAUAUUGUUGGUCGAACCACAGUUCACAAAACUUUGAGGCCCUAUUAAUGGAUGCUGUAAAAUAUGUACAUUGUUGUACGUCUGAA